UGAUAACAAAAGUAUGUUGAUGUUGUAUUUUUCAAUCAAUUUAUUGAAUGAAUGAACAAACAGUUUAUUUAUAAAUACAACAGUAAAGUGUAAAAACUAUAAGUCUAUAAUUAAUAAUUCUCUAUAAAUACCUAUAUUCUUUAAAUAUGGACGGGAAAAAACCUGUUACUCGUAAAAGAAAAGCUGAUAUAAAAGAGGAAAAUAGUAAACCUUUGACUAAAAAGACUAAAUCUGCAGUAUGUGAGCCAAAAGAGAAAAUCAAGAAAAUUGCAAAGAAGGAAGCUAAAGUUUUAAAACCUAAAGCAACAAAGAAUGUUGAAAACUCAGAUGAUAUUAGUUCGGUUGGUUCAAACGAUAAUGUAACUAACAAUUUGUGGAAUGAAGAUGAUAUGCUUUCAUAUGUAGAAAAGGUUCCACAGCUGUUAGCCCGAAAAUUUAUUACAUUGUUAAAUGAAGGAUGCACUUUGCCUUUUAUUGCUAGGUAUCGUAAGGAGGCCGUUGAUCACUUACUGCCCGACCGGCUUCAGGAAAUUUAUGAAAGUUAUCAGAACAUUGUUCAAUUUAAAAAGAAAGUCAAAUCUGUGUUAGAAAGUUUGAAAAAGUCAAAAAAGCUCACUCCCGAGAUCGAGAAAAGUAUACUGAAUGCUAGAAAUCUGUCUGAGCUUGAUUUAGUGUAUGCACCUCUUAAAUCACAUUCCUUAUCACUAGCUGAAAGAGCUAGAAAUCUGGGUCUGGAACCAUAUGCAAUAAGAGCACUAAAUGGAGAAUAUAUUGAUAUAAACUCUCUCUGUGAUGGUAGUGAGGAACUAUCCAAUGCAGAGAAAGUAGACACACAUAUAACUCAUAUAGUUGCUGAUAUCAUUUAUAAAGAUACAAGGGUGUUAGAGCAAAUGAGGAGUUUAAAAGAAGAAACAAGAUUCACUUUACAAAGCAGUAGAACAAAAAGUUCCACAAAAGAACCAAAGAAGGAAGAAAACAAGAAGAUUGACACAAAAUCAGAUCCAGAAACAUACAAAUUGUAUUUUGAGUGGAAAUGUCCCAUCCAUUUUGUGAAGAGUUACCAAACAUUAGCAAUUAAUAGGGGGGAAGAUGAAAAAAUUUUAUCAGUCAAAGUUAUUGUGCCUGAUUGGUUUUAUAAUAGACUUGAAAAAUUCUGCUUUACAAUUUGGAAAAGUAACCAUUGGGUGCACAAGGGAUUACAAGAUGCUUACAAUAGACUUAUAAAGCCCUGGCUAUCUCGACAAGUUAGAUCUGACCUUACUGCAGCAGCUGAGAAGGAAGCAAUCAAAACAUUUACAGCAAAUUUGGAAAAAUACUUACUUACUGAACCAAUUAAAAACAGAAGAAUAGCAGGACUUGAUCCUGGUUUCAAAGCAGGAUGUAAAGUAGGUAUAAUUGAUGUAAAUGGUGCAAAAUUAGAAGCUUGCACGAUAUAUCCUAAUUUACGCAAUACUAAUAGCAACGACAAUGCAGCAAGACAAUUAAAGGAAUUAUUAGGAAAACACAGAGUAGAACUCAUUGGUUUGGGCAAUGGUACAGCGUGCCGGGAAACAGACACUUGGUUGAAAUAUCAUCACAUAGCUGAUGAUAUUCCAAUAAUCAUUGUACCAGAACAAGGAGCCUCUAUUUACUCCAUUAGCAAGGAAGCACAAAAGGAACAUCCAAACAUGGAUCCAAAUUUAAUAUCAGCUCUAUCAAUUGCCAGAAGGGUGUUAGAUCCUCUGGGCGAAUUAAUUAAGGUUGAACCAAAAAAUUUAGGAGUCGGAUUAUAUCAACACGACAUUCCAGCAAAAAUGCUUGAAUCUGCGCUAGAUAAUGCUGUUGAAAAAGUUGUCAGUUUAGUAGGAGUGGACAUCAACACUGCAUCUCAAGCUAUGCUUAGGCGAAUAUCUGGCCUUAAUGAUGGGAGAGCUAAAAAAAUAAUAUCGUAUCGCGAAGAUAACGGUGCCUUCAAAACGCGGGCUGAAAUACUAAAAGUAUCCGGUAUUGGAAAAAUAACGUAUCAACAAUGUAUUGGAUUUUUGAAAAUCAUAGGAGGCUCUGAGCCCUUGGACAGCACUAUCAUACAUCCAGAGAGCUAUGGAAUAGCUAAAGUAUUUGCCAAGAAAAUUGGUGUCGAUAUAAAACAUUUGACACGGCCAGAUUUCCCUCAAAGAGUAGAAGAAAAAACGGAAAGUAUCGACAAAUUAUCGAUCAGCAAAGAUUUGGACACUGAUGUUAGUACUUUGGAAUUGAUCAUUACUGCGUUCAAGCAGAAGUCGUAUGAAGACAAUGUGAUCACGUUUUGUAGGCCGGUGUAUUCGUUAUCUGUGCAAACGAGCGAACAGUUAGUGGCGGGAACUUCGUUGACAGGUGUUGUGAGAAAUGUAGUGCCUUUUGGAUGUUUCGUCGAUUGCGGGGUUGGAGACAACGGGCUCAUACAUAGAAGUAAUUUAGGAGGCAACCAAACCCCCAAACUUGGGGACAGGGUAGCAGUUACUGUGAUAAACACGCCUAAACCUAAGAAACUACAGCUUAGAUUGGAUAAGAUACUUGACUAAACGACUGAUUAUAUACUGUGAUAGCUUUGUUAAUGAUUGAAUAAAAAAAAUAUCAAUGAA